GGUCUAAAGGUCUCAUGAUUCUAUAGACUUUAGGGUGUUUCACCAAGCAAAAGAAGGAUAGAAGAGGAAAAUUCCUUCUUGCAUUCCAGGUCUCCUUCCAGUGGCUGCUCUCCGGACCUUUAAGUGCUUAAACGCCAUUGUCCAGUCACACCACCCUCUUUCCUAGCUUGACUGAGCCCUCCUAUACAUUGUUUGUGCCUUCCGCAGAGCUGAUUACAUGGGUCGUGUUCAGGACGUGGGCUGGGCCACUGCAGGACUGGUAAUCUGGGCUGGUACCUGUUACUGCAUUUACAGAUUAACCAAGGGAAGAUAUCAGAGUGUGAGCAGAGAUGGGUCCAGAAUCAAGACAGAGACUGUGGUUGGGGAAGAGAACCAGACCAUGGCCACAGACGAAGCCAUGGCUGGAGCAGAGACUGAGACUAGAGCCAUGACUGAACCAGAAACUGGAGAAGGAGGUGAGCCUGUGGCUGAAGUAGACACCAAGGUCCCUGUUCUAGUUAGACCCAAUAUCAACUAUCAGGCCAAGAGAAUUCUUGAGGAAGAGAUAGAGACUCAUUCUGAGACCAGUUUAUUGGUGGAAACAAUGGUCAUGACAGACGCAGUGACUUUCACAGAAGCCACAGGCCAAGCCAAGGAAGUAACCAUGAAAGAGGCAGUGACACAAACUGAUGUUGAGACUGAGGAAGUAGGCAAGAAAGAGGCAGUAACUCAGACCAAGUCUAAAGCUUGGGCAGUGGCUGACAGGGCAGAGGUCAAGAAAGAAGCAAUGACCCAGACCAAAGCAGAAGCUCCUUCACUGGCUGAAAAGGAGACAGAGAUUAACAGAGUAACAGUAACACAGAGUGAGGUCUUGGCAGUGACCAAGGAAGUAGUCAAGAUUGGCACCAUGAAUGAGACUGGAAUUGUGGCAGAAGCCACGAUAAGAGCACUGGAAGAGACUGUGUGUGUGACUAGGACUCAAUCUGAGACUAGGCUUGAUGUCACAGUUGAUACUAAUGAAAAUUCCAAUGAUAUGCCCCUCAUAGUGGCUGGAGUGGAUGUGAAAUCCUAUGCACAGCCUCAGGCUGUGACCAUAAUCCAAAAUGAUGACAUGAUCGGUGAUGAGGGUGACGACCAGGGGAAUCUGAAAAACACGUCUAAGGCAGGGUCUGCGGUAGAUAAAGACACUUCUGCUCAGCCUCAUAUUGUUGCCAACAUUCUGGCUGAAGCCAUGCCAGGGGCAAAGGAUGAUGCCUGUGAUAACACAAAUGACAUUUGUGAAGCAGAGGCAGAUCUGAGAACUUAUAUAAUACAACCUGAGACUGUGGCCACAAUACAGGCUGAGGCAAUGUCUGGUGCCACGACUGACGAUGGGGAAGAUGCCAGUGAUGUAUUUAAGGCAAUGACUGGUGCUGAGAUAACUGAUACCAAUCCUCAAGCUGUAACCAGUGAUCAUAUUGAAGCCACGCCUGAUGCCAAUGCUAAGGGUAAAGGUAAUGCCAGUGCCACGGCUAAAGCAGGGGCCAAAGCAAACACAAAAACCAAUUUGCAGACUGAUGCCUUGCCUGAAACCGAGGAUAAAAACAGAAGUGAUACCAACGACAUGGCUAAGGCAGAGGCUAGUGUAGACGUGGUUUCCUGUGCCCAGCCUGACCCUGUGGCCAGUGUCCAGGGUGAUGACUUGCCUGAUGGCAAAAUCAAGCCUAAGGACAAUGCUAAUACCAUAUCUAAGGAAGGAACUCAGACUACGGCCCAGAGCCAGGGUGAAGCCUUACCUAAUACUAAAGGUAAGGCUAGAGGCAAAGCCAAAGCCAAGUGUAAGGCAGGAGCUGCGGCAGAUGUGAAACCAUGUGCACAACCUCAAGGUGGAAUCAAAACCCAAGCUGAGCCCUUGUCUGAUUCCAAGGUUGACAGCAAAAGUGACUCUAAUGCUGUUUCUAAAGCAGGGGCAAAGGCAGACCAGAAAGCCUGUGCUCAGCCACAGCCUGUGGUCAACUGCCAGAAUGAGGCCUUGCCUGCUACUAAGAAUAAGGUCAAGGGCAAUCCAAAUCCUAUGCCUAAAGCAGAGGCUGGGACAGCUACAGCAGGCUCUGCCCAGACCAAUGUUGUGACCAGUUCCCAGGGGGAGACCACACCUGGUGCCAAGACUAAGGUCAAGGGUAAUCGUAAUUCUGUGCCUAAAGCAGGGGCUGGGCCAGAUACUACGGGUUCUGCCCAGAACCAGACUGUAGCCAGUUCCCACAGUGAGGCCUUACCUGGUGCCAAGAAUAAGGUUAAGAGCAAUCCCAAUGUUGUGCCUAAGGCAGAGGCCGGGGUGGGUGCCUGUCCCCAGUCUGUGGCUGUUUCCCAGGGUACUGCCUUGACUGGUACCAAGGCAAAGGUCAAGGGCAAUUCUAAUGCUGUGUCUAAACCAGAUGCUGGGGCAGGUACAAUGGGCUCGGCCAAGGCUGUGACCAGUUCCCAGGGUGAGACCUUACCUGGUUCCAAGAGUAAGGUUAAGGGUAAUUCCAAUGCGGUACCUAAGGCGGAUGCUGGGGCAACUACAACAGACUCUGUUCAGCCCCAGGCUGAGGCCUUGCUUGGUGCCAGAAAUAAGGUCAGGGGCAAUUCCAAUUCUGUGCCUAAGGCAGAGUCUGGGGCAAGUACAAUACUGGCUUUGGCUUCUUCCCAGGCUGAAGCCUUGCUUGGUGCCAGAAAUAAGGUCAGGGGCAAUUCUAACACUGUGCCUAAAGCAGAGGCCGGGUCAGGUGCAAGGGGCUCUGCCCAGUCCCAGGCUGUGGUCAGUUCUCAGAACGAGACUUUGCUUGGUGCCAGGAAUAAGAUUAGGGCCAAUGCUAGUACUAAAUCAGGAGCCAAAACAGGUACAAGGGGUUCUGCUCAGCCCCAGGCUGUGGUCAGUUCCCAGAGUGAAGCCUUGCUUGGGGCAAGGGAUAAGGGUCUGUCCAGCUCACAGGUAGAAGCCACUGCAGACAAUAAGACACAUGCAAGGCCAGUGGCAGGGGGCGGGGCCCCUUCAGAAAGUGUGAGUGGGGCAGGUGCUCGGUGGAUCAAGUUUAGGUUUCAGACCAUAUAUCGAGACUGGGAGAACAGUGUAACCUGGGCCGAGGAUGAGAAUGGAGCCGCUGUUGGGCCCUGGAGUGGGGCCAAUGAUAAGACUGGCAUUGUGAGUUCCUGGGCUGUGGCUUGUGAUGAAGCUAGCAUUAAGUCCUGGACUGGGGCUAGGACUGAGAAUGAGGUUGCUCUUGGAUCCUGGGUAGGUGCUGGUGACCAGACCAGUGGAGCACUCUGGGCAGGAGCUCAGGCUGCUGACGGGACCUGGGUUGCGGACAAGACCGGUGGAGCUUCCUGGACUGGGGCUGAGAACCAGCUCAGUGCAGGUUCUUGGGUUGUCUCUGGAAACCAGGCCAUUACAGGUCCCUGGGCUGUGAGUCAGGUCAGUGAUGGGUCGUGGCCUGCAGGGGCGGCCAGUGGAGUGUCCUGGGUUGUGGACCAGGCUACCGGGACCUGGACUGUGGCUGAUAACCAGGCUGGUGCAAUGUCUUGGGCUGGAGCUGGCAACAUAGUUAGUAUUGGAUACUGGACUGGGGCUGUAGACCAGACCAAUGCAGUGGCCUGGACAGGGACUGCUGAGCAGGUUGGUGGUGAGGUCAAGCCAAGGUAUGAAGAUCAGGCCAGUGAAAAGGGGACCUGGGCUGGAGCUGCUGUCCAGACCAGUGGAGACUCCAGGUUGGGACCUGAGGCUCAGUCCAGUGGAAGGGCUUGGGCUGAGACUGCAGACCAAGCCAGUGCAGCAUCCAGGCUUGCAACUGUAGAUCCAUCUAGUGGAGUAUCCUGGCCUGUCACUGGGGCCCAGGCUGGUGGAGUAUCUACAUCAGGCUCUGCAGACCAGUCCAGUAGUGGGUCUUGGACUGGCACUAGGAAUCUGACUGGGGAAAGAUCCUGGACUGGGACUGGUGAUCAGUCUAAUGGUGGAGCCAAACCUGGUUUUGAGAACCAGACAGGUGCUGAAGGGUCUUGGACUGGCACUAUUAGCCAGGCUAGUGGAGGGUCCAAGUCAGUGCCUGGGGAUCAGUCUGCUGGAAGAUCCUGGACAAAUUCUGGAGAUCAACUCAGUGGAGGAUUCUUGGUUGGGCCUUUGGACCAGGCCAGUGGAAACUCUCAGCCUGGUUCUGGAGACCUGGUUGCUAGUGGAGUAAAUCCGUCCAGUGGAGGAGGAUGCUGGGCUGGUUCUGGGGACCAGUCUGGUGGAGAAUCUAGGAUGGGGACCAGGGGCCAGACUAAUGGACAGUCUUGGCCUGGCACUGGCGAUCAGACUGGUGGAUGGUACUGCACUUACACGCCGACUCAGGCCAUUGGAGGAGCCUCUUGGGGUGCUACUGCUCAGGACAUUGGAGUGUCAAAGCCAGUGCAGGUGAACCAGUCUAGUAGUGGGGCCUGGCUUGGAAGUGGAACUCAGGUCGGUGGUGUGUCCUGGACUGGUGAUCAGGUUGGUGGCUGUCCCAAACCUGGAUUUGAGGAUCAGGCCAUUGGAGGAGGAUUCUGGGCUGCUGCUGGAGAUCAGAGCACUGGAGGGUCCAGACCAGCUGUGUCUGAGGAUCAGUCUAGUGGAGGAGUUUCUUGGGGUGGAGCUGGUGCUCAUGUCAUUGGAGGCAAUAGAACAUGUCCAACUGAUCAGGCCAGUGGUGCGUCCUGGGCCGGCAUUGGAAGUCAGGUCAGUGGAGGGUCCUGGGUUGGACCUGUGGAUCAGACUAGCGGCUGUUCUAAAUCUGGAUUUGAAGAUCAGACAUGUGGAGGAGGCUCUUGGGCCGGUGCUGUGGACCAGACUAGUGGAGAAUCCUGGCCUGGGUCUAGGGCUAGUAAUGAAGCCAGUGGAGGAUCUAAGCUAGAUACCCAAGAGCAGACCAGUGGGAGAUUCCUUGUAAGUGCUGAGGUGGAGGCCAAUGAAGGAUUUUGGUUUGGGCCUGGGAGUGAGGCCUUUAUAGGGUCUUGGUGCUGGACAGAAGAGGCUACUAUUUUGCCUAUAGCUAAUAUGAAUGAUGAGACCAGUGGUGAAUCCACGUCAGGCACUAAGGAAGAAACCAGCGCUAGUUCUGGAUUGGAGGAUGAAAAGAAGACCAGUACUGAAUCCUGGACCAGAGCUGAGGAGACAGCUCUUGCAGGCACCUGUGUUGGAGGUGAGCCUGAGAAUGUGGCUGGAGCUGAGGCUGAAGUUGAGACAGAAGCUAAGGAUACAGCUGAGGCUGAGGUUGAGGCUGAGGUUGAGGCUGAGGUUGAGGCUGAGGUUGAGGCUGAGGUUGAGGCUGAGGCUGAGGCUGAGGCUGAGGUUGAGGCUGAGGCUGAGGCUGAGGCUGAGGCUGAGGCUGAGGCUGAGGCUGAAGCUGAGACUGAGAAUAGCAUGGGAUUUUGGGUCUGGGAUGGAGAUGCAGCCACUAAAGGGUCUAGGCUUGGGGCUGAGGCUGAGGCUGAGGUUGAGGCUGGAGCUGGGGGAGGGGCUGAGGCUGAAGCUGAGACUGAGAAUAGCAUGGGAUUUUGGUUCUGGGAUGGAGAUGCAACUACUAAAGGGUCUAAGCUUGGAGCUGAGGCUGGGGCUGAGGCUGGAAUUGGGACAGGAGCAGGGGCAGAGGCUGAAGCUGUGACUGAGACCAGCAUGGGAUUUUGGUUUUGGGAAGGAGAUGGAGCAGCUAAAGGGUCGAAGCUUGGGGCUGAGCCUGAGGCUGGGGUUGGAGCAGGGGCUGAGGCUGUGGCUGAAACCGUGGCUGUACCAAGCAUGGAGUUUUGGUCCUGGGAUGGAGAUGCAGCCACUAAAGGGUCUAGGCUUGGAGCUGAGGUUGAAGCUGGGGCUGGAGUUGUGGCCGAGGCUGGGGCUGAGACCAGAAUGGGGUUUUGGUUUUGGAAUGAAGACUCAACCACGAAAGGGUCUGGGCUUGGGGCUGAGGCUGGGGCAGGAGUUGUUGCAGAGGGUGGGGCUGAAGCCAGAAUGGAGCCUUGGUCCUGGGAUGGAGAUGCAGCCUCUAAAGGGUCUAGGCUUGGGGUUGAGGCUCAGGCUGGCUUAGGGUCUUGGACUUUUUCUACGGAUGUAAAUGAUGAUGAUGAUGAUGAUGAGGAACUAAGUAGAGAAUCCAGCCCUGGUAUUGAAGAGAUCAGUCUAAGAAACUUGUUUGGGGCUGAGAGUGAGGACAAUAAUGACCUCAGAUCUACAAAUGAAAAAGAUACCAAUUCUGAAUCUGGGACUGGGGAUAAGGACAGCACUAAAGAUAAGUUUGAUGCUGCUGAUGGAGUUGACAUCCGGUCUUGGUUCUGUACUGGUAAUGAAAACAGAUGUGAGGAUGAGUCUACAUCUCAGGUGAAAGCCAAAAAGUCGACUGAACCAAGAGGCAUAUAUCCACCCAUGGUCCCUGGGGCAGGAAUGGGUGUAUGGGACGGAACCAUAGUUUGUUCAGAGAGCAAGUUAUUACACCAAACCAGCUUUCCAGGGGAAGAAGGCUUCAGAAAGCUUCCCUGCCACUGCCGCUGUAGACGUGAAGUCAAUCUGGAUCCGCAAGAUCUCGAGAAGCUCAUUUGCAUGAUUGAAAUGACUGAAGAUCCUUCUGUUCAUGAAAUAGCCACGAAUGCUCUAUAUAACAGUGCUGAUUAUCCUUAUCCCCAGGAAAUUGAUCGGAAUAUAGGUGGGAUUUCAGUUAUUCAAAGCUUAUUGAGUAAUCCCCACCCCACAGUCCGGCAGAAGGCUUUAAAUGCAUUGAAUAACAUCUCAGUUGCCGCUGAAAACCAUAGAAAGGUUAAGACAUAUUUAAGUCAAGUAUGUGAAGAUACUGUCACCUAUCCCUUAAAUUCAAAUGUACAAGUGGCUGGACUAAGAUUGAUAAGACACCUGACUAUUACUAGUGAGUAUCAGCAUAUGGUUACCAAUUAUAUUUCAGAAUUUCUCCGUUUGUUGGCUAUGGGAAGUGGAGAAACUAAAGACCAUGUUUUGGGAAUGCUUGUGAAUUUCUCUAAAAAUCCAUCCAUGACAAAAGACUUGCUCAUUGCCAAUGCACCAACAGCACUGAUUAACAUUUUUAGCAAGAAAGAGACAAAAGAGAAUAUUCUUAAUGCCCUUUUACUUUUUGAAAAUAUAAAUCAUCAUUUUAAAAAGAGAGCAAAAACAUAUCCCCAAGACAGGUUCAGUAAAAGUUCCCUUUAUUUCCUGUUUCAACGACCUAAAGCCUGUGCCAAGAAACUUAGAGCCUUAGCAGCAGAUUGUAGUGACCCAGAGGUGAAAGAAAGAGUUGAGGUAUUAAUAAAUAAACUCUGAUUGGCUAUCUGUUUCCCCCAAAGUUUGAGUAACAUUUUGGUUUUACACCCUUGACAUGAUGUACAUUGUAAAUUGUAUUAGAACUGUGAAACUAAUGUUGCCUAUGAGGGUCUAUAGCUGGACAAUUUUAUGAACACCAAAUGAAUUCAAACUUGUUCUGGAAAUACAUGUGUCCAUUUUUAUCUUGUCUGGAUUGAGAUAUUUUUAGUAUGCUUCAUGAGCAGAAACCAAACUGAUUCUUCAUAAGUAAGGUAAUCUUUGGUCCUUUGUGUGGACUUAUGUUUAUACAUUUGAGAUUUUAUUUUUAUGUCAUCAAUAAA